AUGGAUGAGACUAUAGCAGCAAUGGUGCUGACCUCACUGAGUGUCAGUCCCAGCUCUCCCUCCGUGACCUGUGCUCAUUACAGAGAGCAUCUGGAUGGACACUACCCCUACCCAGACAGCCACCUCUCCAGCAGCGUCGCCAGCAGUGGCUUCUACAGUGGACACUCGGAGCGAGAUGACCAGUCACCUCCCCUCCCGCCCCUCAGUGAAAGCGCCCCUGCUGUUAUGAGGUACGAACCUUCUGUCAUCGAGUCUGAUGAUGACAGCUCAAACAGUUCCGGCAGGCUGCUUAUUAAUGAGGACAGCGAGGAUACAUUCUUCAAGUGCACAUGGAGAGGUUGUAACCAGGCCAGUGCCACUAGGAAUGCCAUCGAGAGACACAUCAGGAGAGCCCACUUUGAUCGAGAUAGUGACCUUGAGCUGACAGACAAUGAGGAAGACUUUCAUUACAUCGAAGUGGACGAGGGAACUCAGUCCAUCAACACAAUGACUCAGUAUUUUGCUGCAAUGCAGACGUCAUCGCCAGGUGAAGGUCACAGAAGUAGGCAUGAUAGUGAAGACAGUCAGCCAUUAAAUCUUUCCAACAAAGCUGCCGAUGCUGUCUCACAUAAUGUGAGUGACGAUACUGUAGCAGAUAGCCUCGCUAAUGGAAAUGGCAUGUGCGAUCAUGACUACCAGAGAAAGAUGUUGAAGCACAGUCAGGCCAGCUCAGUGCCUGCAACUGGAACGCUUCUGACCCAGGGGCAGGCAGCAAGCCUGCCGAUCGCCAUUGAUGGAGGACAGAUCCAGCGAUCACUGUCCUGGCACAUUCAUUCCUCCCCCACUGGGAGUCUGGUGUCUCCUCCACAGAGGUCAAAUAAACUGACCCCACAAGAACGUCUGUACCAGCACCAGGCUCAGUCUCCUAAAUCCAGUAUUGCAUCCUCAACGUUUAAAGUUUCUCAGCACCGAAGAGCUCGAAGUGAAGUCAGAAAGUGCCGGAAAGUUUAUGGCAUGGAAAAUCGAGAUCAAUGGUGCACUCAGUGCAAGUGGAAAAAAGCAUGCACAAGAUUCAUUGAUUAA